GUUUCCCUGCUAUAUAAUAUGAGUCUCAUCAUGAAAUACACAUUCGACUUCCGUUUAGUCUCCAAGAAGAACCAUCCACGUGCAACAUGGCCGCCGGUAACAUAUAUAUUUAUGUAUUAACCGCUUUGCUCGCUAUUCAUUUCAUAUUGGCAGAACAACAGGAACAAGGAACAGGUGGAGAUAACGAUGGAAAUAGAAAAUGGUCAUUAGGCUUUUCUUGGGGACGAUUGGCCAACGACACAAGGGAUAAUAACCGACCUCGCUCACCCAGAUCCCCAUUUUCCUUCUUGCCAUCGAUGGGUUCUUGUAACUAUACUACUGAGCCCGGAUUCACCUGCUCCGGCUGCAGCACAGUGAGAGUCUGUUUACCCAAUAACGUGAGCAUCAGCCGCAACUGUGGUAUCUUCCUGCCUUACUGCGAUAACGGCCAUUGUGCAUCUUCGCCUAGUUCCUCGUGUAAUGGGACAGCAUCCGCAUAAAGUCUUAAUAGAAUUUGAUCCAAUCUCCACAUAUCCCGAUUAAUGUCGAGUUGUUUAUUUAUUCAUUAAAACCAAAGCAUUAAAAGUGUGUACUUAUUGAA